AUGUCCAAGUCACGGAGUUGCUUUGGCUACCCCUUGAGCAUCUUCUUUAUUGUGGUCAAUGAAUUCUGUGAGAGAUUCUCCUACUAUGGGAUGCGAGCACUCCUGGUCCUGUACUUCAGAAACUUCAUUGGCUGGGACGACGAUCUGUCCACGGCUAUCUAUCAUACAUUCGCUGCCCUGUGCUACCUGACUCCAAUUCUCGGAGCCCUGAUCGCAGACUCAUGGCUGGGGAAGUUCAAGACAAUUAUUUCAUUAUCCAUCGUCUACACUAUCGGACAAGCAGUCAUCGCAGUAAGCUCGAUUAAUGACCUCACAGACCACGACCACAAUGGCACUCCUGACAGCCUUCCUGUGCAUGUAGCACUGUCCAUGAUCGGCCUGGUCCUGAUAGCCUUUGGAACGGGAGGAAUCAAGCCCUGUGUGUCUGCAUUUGGUGGUGAUCAGUUUGAAGAGGGCCAGGAAAAACAGAGAAACCAGUUCUUUUCCAUCUUUUACUUGGCCAUCAAUGCUGGAAGCCUGCUCUCCACGAUUAUCACUCCCAUACUUAGGGUUCAACAAUGUGGAAUCCACAGUCAGCAAGCUUGUUACCCACUGGCCUUUGGGGUUCCAGCAGCUCUCAUGGCUGUCUCCCUAAUUGUGUUUGUCCUUGGCAGUGGAAUGUACAAGAAGUUCCAGCCCCAAGGCAACGUCAUGAGCAAAGUGGCCAAGUGCAUUGGUUUUGCCAUCAAAAACAGAUUCAGGCAUCGAAGUAAGGCAUUCCCCAAGAGGGAACACUGGCUGGACUGGGCUAAAGAGAAAUACGACGAGCGGCUAAUCUCACAAAUUAAGAUGGUCAUGAAGGUGAUGUUCCUGUACAUCCCACUCCCCAUGUUCUGGGGCUCCAGAUGGACACUGCAAGCAACAACCAUGAGUGGGAAGAUUGGAGCUAUUGAAAUUCAGCCAGACCAGAUGCAGACCGUGAAUGCCAUCUUGAUCGUCAUCAUGGUCCCCAUUAUGGAUGCUGUGGUGUACCCUCUCAUUGCAAAAUGCGGCCUCAAUUUCACGUCCCUAAAGAAGAUGACCGUUGGGAUGUUCCUGGCUUCCAUGGCCUUCGUGGCAGCUGCCAUUGUGCAGGUGGAAAUUGAUAAAACCCUUCCAGUCUUCCCUGGAGGAAAUGAAGUUCAAAUUAAGGCCUUGAAUAUAGGGGACAAUAAUAUGACUGUGUAUUUUCCUGGAUCAAGUGUGACACUUGAUCAAAUGUCUCAGACAAACAAUUUCAUGACUUUUGAUGCAGACAAGCUGACAAGCAUAAACAUAUCUUCUCCUGGGUCUCCUUCGGUCACUACAGUAGUUUACAACUUUGAGACAGGCCAUCGCUACACCCUUCUAGUAUGGGGCCCCAGUAAUUUCUUUGUGGUAAAAGAUGGGCUUAACCAGAAGCCAGAAAAAGGAGAAAAUGGAAUCAGAUUUGUCAACACCCUCAAUGAGAUGCUUAGCAUCACGAUGAGUGGGAAAGUGUUUGAAAACAUCCCCACUAACAAUGCCAGCAGUUAUCAGUUUUUUCCUUCUGGCGUAAAGGACUUCACAAUAAAUGGCACAGAGAUCGGGCCAAACUGUCCACGUGACUUUAAAUCUUCCAACCUCGACUUUGGCAGUGCGUACACCUACGUGAUCAGAAGGAUGAGUAAUGGCUGCCUGGAAGUGAAGGAAUUUGAAGACAUCCCACCCAACACGGUGAACAUGGCGCUGCAGAUUCCACAGUAUUUCCUUCUCACCUGUGGCGAAGUGGUCUUCUCUGUCACGGGACUGGAGUUCUCAUAUUCCCAGGCUCCGUCUAACAUGAAGUCGGUGCUUCAGGCAGGCUGGCUUUUGACAGUGGCCGUUGGCAACAUUAUCGUUCUCAUUGUGGCAGGGGCGGGCCACUUUGAGAAACAGUGGGCUGAGUACAUUCUGUUCGCCUCGUUGCUUCUGGUGGUCUGUGUGAUAUUCGCCAUCAUGGCUCGAUUCUACACCUAUGUCAACCCAGCAGAGGUUGAAGCACAGUUUGAUGAGGACGAGAAGAAAAAGAACUUAGAAAAGGACAAUCCGUAUGCCACCUUGGAACCUGUCAAGCAGACAAAUAUGUGA